AUGGAGCCUGAGACUGACGCGGACAUGAAUGACGAGCAGCGCAACGACUGGGCAACUGUCACACGGGCGCCUGGCCAGGGCCCGGGCCCGGAGUCGGAGUCGGAGUCGGAUGAGGAGGCUGAGAUGCCUCUUGCCUCUCUUUCCGAGCCUGAGCCCUCCUCGAAUGCGAUCCUCUCGACUAUGGCUGCGACCCUUUCCCACAUCCUCUCGCUGCUUUCCAGCUCGGCACCGGGAUCAUCGCGGCAUCCUCUCAUCAUUGUACUGGACCAAUUUGACUUGCUCACCCAGCGACCUCGGCAAGCGCUUCUCUACUGUUUACUUGACGCCGUGCAGGCGAACAGCUAUGUACCGGGCAUGCUGGUGCUGGGCAUGACGAGUCGCGUAGACGCCGCUGACUUUCUCGAGAAGCGCGUGAAAAGCCGCUUUUCCCAUCGAAUUGUGCAUGUGGUUCCUCCUUCGUUCGAUCAGUAUAUGAUCCUCGCGCGUAUGGCACUGGCGGCAGGGGCGUCGUCGUCCUCUGUCUGGGGCCAGGCGUGGCUUGCGGAGGUCGACCACCUGAUCCAGAACCCCACGUUCCGCGCGUGCCUAGAGGGUCUGCACAAUCUCAGCGGUGAUGUGCGCCUAUUAUACCAAGUGCUCUUGCCGCCCGUCGCUGCCCUGCACCCAGGCGCCCCCACGCUUGAGCCCGAGGCGUUUGCGCGCGUUGCGGCUGCACAACGAGCUGACCCACUCGAGGCACUCCUACUUGACUUGAACGUGCCCGAGAUGGCUCUCAUGAUUGCUGCACGACACCUGCAGUUGCGUGACAAGGAGCCCUUCACGUUUGAAAUGUGCUUCCAUGGGCUGCGCCACUUUGUCCAGCGCGUACAGCGCGACCUCAACAGCGGUGCUUCGGCAGGGCACCAGGCGCCUUUAGCGAUCACAGGCCUCGAUACCCUCGCACAACGUGCGCCAAUGCUCCAAGCGUUCCAUACUCUGCUGGACAUGGAGCUGCUCCUCCCGGAGCCGGCGCGUCUAUCGCUCACGCUUCCAUCGGGCAUUGCCUCGCGGACGGGUCCUGUGACCACGGCCUAUGGCACGCUACCAAGCCUUACUGUCAUCCCCGAAUUUCUGCCGGUGUAUGCACAGGUGUCAGCCAAGGCUAUUCUCGCUAGCGUCGAGAGCCCAGCGCGUGCCGAGAUGCUCGGCUCGGUGCUCGUCAAAUGGGCGGCCUCAACUGGUCUCUAA